CAAAGUUUUCAUUUGGCUCCUUCAUGCCUUCUUCACUACGCUCGUCAAAGACACAAUGAGGAGAAAACAUGUCCUCUGGACGGGGAUUUGGACAGUCAGGAAACCAGAGCUUUGACGGUACUAGAGCUGUUUUAUUUCGCUUAACGUUUCGACUAUUUAAAAAAAGCUAAGGUUUUGGUUAUCACCGGUAAUGUGACGUGAAUUUUGUUCCACUUACAGGCAGCCGACCAAGCAAAUUUCUGUACAACUCCGGAAAAAAUAAAAAGAAUGAUCCUUGGCGUACAGAUGAUCCUGACAUUGAAGAUGGGUUAGAACUUGCUCUCCAGCCUAAAAAUAAGUUUCUUAAAACAAAAGACAAUCGCAACUUGCCAGGUACGAGCGAUGUUUGGUUUAAUGACGUCUCCGUUUACUGACAUUUCUUUGCUGAUUACUCUCUUUCGUAAACUCUUCACACAGGAUCCGAACUAGACGGCGUCUGGAGUAUACGCAAAAACGUUCAAGUGAGCCAAGCUAGCAAGAACGGCACGUUUUUAAACACAAACAAAUCGACACCUUCAUAUUAUUCAAGGCACGGCGGAUUGAGUGGUAGGCCUAAAUGUGUGUUAAAUAAACUAUUCUAAUCUGCAGUAAUCUGCAGUACGUAAGCUUAAUUCAUAAUCUUUGAACUUGGCUUCUUUAUUUUUCUUCAGUAAAUCAUAAGCUUAAUUUCAGACUAAAACGGCCGCUCUCUCAAAUGAGCUUUUGUUUUUGAUAUCGUAAGCUUAAUUUGAGCUAUUGGCUGUUUUUAUACUAAGGACGCAUUAUCCGUCUGGACGAACUUGGGCAAACAUUUUGUAGUUCGUCUGGUUAUGCGUCUCUAGUAUAAAGACGGGCACAAGACGCAUUAUGCGUCCAGACGAACUACCUUUCGUAGUGCGUCGUUCAAGACGUAUUUCGAAGGAAAGUUUGUCCAGACGUAUAAUGCGUCUUGUGCCCGUCUUUAUACUUGAGACACAUAACUAGAUGAACUACAAAUGUUUGCCCAAGUUCGUCUGGUCGGAUAAUGCGUCCUUAGUAUAAAAACGGCCACAGACGCAUUAUCCGUCUGGACGAAUAGUGCGUCCUCUAGUAUAAAAACGGCCAUUGUUGCGGCGAAUUUGUGUUUACCUCGAACGCAAACUCUUAAUCUAGCAACCGCUCUUAAUAGUUUUACGCUUAGCUCAAUUUUCAACCGAGACUUUUUUUCACCCCGUCACCACAGGUUCUGGAGAUGCGGAAAGUUCGGCACUGAACAGAGCGCAAAACGACGAAUUUCUCAAUUCAAGUGGUGGUAGGUAUCAUUUAUAUGUCGUGUACGUGGUGUUUUCUGUCGAAGUUUAUUUUGCGGUGACAGUUUUUUCAUUAAAUUUUACCGCACUGCGAGUAAACCGUUUUGUCGCUAGCUGAGUGAAAGUCGGUUUUAAUUAAUAAGUGAUGUUUUGUACGUUGUAAAAUUCACCUGCUUUCAGUGUGGUAACUUAAAUAAUUAUUUGUCAAAGAAUUAUCCAUUCCCUGGAUACUCAGGAAUGUUAAGCGAAUCUUCUAGAUAGGAAUAUCUAAAAUAAUCUUAUGGUUUUAAGGGAUGUAACAGAUCUUGUUUAACAAAUUGAAAGAUUUGAAUAUGAUGCUUACCGGUAAUUCUUACAUAUUUCCAUCUGAUACUUUUUAAGUUAAAUUAAUUAAACCGAAAAGUAGGCGUAAUUGAAAAUGAGAUUAUUGUGCUUGGGUACAUUUGUACUUGUUCUACUCAACAGCAGGAAAAGUUUACUUAAAAAAUUGUGCUAAUAAUUUUUCAUCUCAUGUUUCUUAAGUUUCGAGAUAACACUUAAACUCGUUAAGAUGGAAGGUUGAUCUUCUCUGAAGAUAUAAUCCUAUCUGUGUUCCCUAGUGUAAACAUUUUUUCUAUAGAGAGAAAAAAAUGAUACCAAAAUGUUUUUCUAGGUGUAGGCCUAUUCUGCUCAAUUCAACACCAGCAUAGUUUUAACUCUUCAUUCAAGGCUUGUAUGAUAUGUCCAUGAAGUAGUGACAGAUGCGAAAGCCAGUUAAGAGUAAAUAGUUUCCAGACAGUGCUGAUAAUUUUUUUCUAAACAAAAACUGUCACCAUGCAAUUUUUGGCUUAGAUGUUUCAAAGACAAUUCCAAGUUUGUUAUUAGUGGAGGUAGGCCCUUACACUGUAAGUGGGCCUUCAGAAAAAUCAAGGGUUUUUUAAAAAUAACAUAUCCCCCUAUAGAACAGUGCUCAAAACACAAUAGGGCCAUUUAUACAAAGAAAAAUAAGACGCGUUUUACGGCACAUUUUGUCUAAAAUAAGACGCGACUAAGCUAAGACACGUCUUAUUUUAGAACAGCCCUUAACACCUGUUCUUAGAUAAGACGCGUCUUAGCUAAGAUGAGAAAGACUUCGUAUAAAUGACGUUCGCGUCUUACAUAAGACGCGAACGCAUGGUAUGCAUGCAUUAAUUUUUGGCGGGAAAAUUUUCACACCUUGUUGGUUGCCGUUGCUAUGGGCAACAUUCACAUGAAAACGAGUCAAGAACAGAAAUAAGACGCGAACCAUUUAUACGAGCUUUUCUCGUCGUAGAUAAGACAUGCUCGUAUAAAUGCGUUUAAGAUGCGUUUAAGACACAUCUUAUGUAAGACGCGUCUUAUUUUUCCUCGUAUAAAUGGCCCUAAUUUCACACUGGAGAUUUGGUGACAUGUACAGGAGACCAGGGCUUUUUACCAUUACAUGGGGAAACUGGAAAAUCAAAUGGUUUGUGCCAUUCUGUUUGGAAAGUGUCAGAAAAUAUAGGCUGUCAGUUGAGACCAUGCAAUUUCUAUACUCUUUCUGGUCAGUUCAGCUGAUUUAGAUAUACUUUGUAGUGGGUUAUUCUUCCACAAGGUCAACAACUAAUCUGAUCUUGUGGGAGAAUAAACAUUUAAAAGCGUUUAUUCAUGAGAUUUUCAACCAAACAGUUUCACAUGUAAAUGUCAAGCACCCCGGGAGAGCAGGAGAGUUGUUGUGUGUACUGGAGAGAUGGCAUACAUGUUUUUGGUUAAAACAGUAUCUAUUGCAACAAGACUUGAAAGGCUGCAUGGCAACUUCUCACUUCCUAUCAAUACAGUGGGACAAUUUAGAAGGAGAAUCCCUUGAGAUUGAUUUAUAUGGUACAUCUUUCUCAUGUGCUUGUGAUAAGCUUACAACACAAAUUACGACUAACUUGUGAAUGUCAUCAGUGUGAUUUGCAAUGUACAUGCUAAUUGCAAGCACACCGCAUAUGACAUACGUUUAGUGUAUAGUGUAAAUUACCCUUUAAGGAGAGAGUCCGCAAGAAAACACCGUAGGGUUUUUCUUCCCACACCCCUUUAACUGAUCAUGCACAAGUAGCUCAAUGUUAUCUCCUAUCUCAAUUCAGUGGAACUGAAUUGGACCUUUUCAAAUACUGUAGACUGGUUUAAGGUAUACCAAUUCACACUCCGCUACAGUGUGCGGUGUUAAACAAAAUGCAGUAGUGUAAUUUUAUAUCAUUUUCUUUGGCAUUUUCCUUCAGAUCAUAAAUCAUGGAGUAUGGCAAGAAGCUCAAACUUUUCAUACUCAGAUAAACCAAAGUUUGGUGGAGGUUUUCAUGCUUCAUCAGCAGAUACCCAGCCCGAUGAUUUUUUGGAUUCAAGAAGUUCUCCAAGCACAGAUCAUGAAAUUAAUGAUAUGGUGCACAAGAAAAAUCUUUUGAACAGCAAACUUAGGAUGGCAGGAGGUAGGACUUUAAUUACACCAUUAAAACAAUCUUCAGUCAUUUAUAUUGUAAAUAACAUUUUUUUGUGGCUAUAAAAAAUUGCAGUAAAAUUUUGCUAAAAAAAUUUUAAGAAAUGUUAUUUUAAAAAGCAUGACGACGUUUCGACGUUCUCAGACAUCAUGCAUGCUAUUUUCUCAGAAAAUAGCAUGCAUGUUCUAGAAAUACUAGAGAAAGCAAUAGAUCAUUAAAAAGAAAAGUAACAUAUUAAAAUAAUAUAUGACAAGUUAAGUAAUGAUCCAGGCAAGACAGGAAACAAUUCCUUUUGUUAUGGCACGAUAUACUUUCCUCACAUAGAAAUGUUUUCCUUUUCACACGGAGAAUGCAUAAACCUCCAAAAGGUAGUUUACAAAAUAAAAUGCAUUUAAAUUCCAUUUCUAAAGGGUGUGUUUUUUUUCUGGUAAAGGAUUUUGACCAAUCAGAAAAGUGACAAACAAUAGCCAAGAAAAGUUUACAAUUUUACAUGUUUCCCACAUAGCACUUCUGUGUUACUUAGACUCAGAUGAGAUUUUGUUAUAAGGAGUUUGGUUGGAAAACAAAGGAUAUAUAUAAGUGCUGCUUUGCAAAGAUUUAAUGGUUAUGACAGUUACUUAAACAAAGAGUUUCAUGCUAAUUAAGUCACUCUAAAUAUUAAGACUAGGCCUGAGUUCUUUGAUGCAUAACAUCUAAAUGAGGCAAUCAAAUUUUCCGUGGCACUUGUUUAGAGAUACAUUUUAGAACUCGAAAAAUAAGAAACACCUCUUUAGAACACAAAAAAUAAAAUAUAAUAUCUUAUUAUAAAAUGAUGUUACCCUUUAUGAAACAGUCAACUCCAGCAUUGAAGAUUUCUCUCUUUUACAGAAACCUCACUAAGAGGGUACAACUUCCAAAUAACAAGCACAAUGUUUUGUUGCUUUAAAUCUCACUAAAAUAACAGUAUUCUUGUAAGCGUUUUUAGUUAUAUUACUGCGGUAUGUAAAUGCCACAUUACAUAAAUUAAUAGGGUAUGCCUAUGUCUUUUUAGCUCCCCAGAUAUCAACUCGUGAAAUGUCAGCAAGAACACGACGUGCAAAAAAGAUGCAUGAUGCACACCUCAGGUCAAUGGGUUUGGGCCAGUACACACCAAGCGGUAAUGGAUCGUACAUUUCACCAGGCGAGGAGCAAAAUAAAGACGAUGACUUCUAGUUGAUAUAAUAUGUGAAAAAUGGUUCUGGUCAAACAUUUAUUAAGUAGUUGCAUGCUCUCAGACUUUCAGAAGGAAAAUUUAAAGAAUUUAGAGCAAUUGAAAAAAUCACUGCUCUAGGGUCUUCAUAGUCUACUGUAAGUAAAAACCGGAUAGGAAAUUUAGUAAGAGAAGUUGAGGGACCAUGGUGUUUUUAAUGUUCCACCAAUUAAUCUUACGUUAUAUGCCAAGUAUCUUGCAGUAAUUUAUUUGCAUGUUAUUAUUGGUGACAGGACAACUCUCAAACCGGUACUAAACACUUAGCAGUAGCAUCCUUUCAUUAGCAGGCAUCAUGAUACAACAUUAAUGACCUGGUCUUGUUAUGCACAGGAAAACCUAAGUUCAAUUUGAGUUGAUGAAACAAAUGCAUCGGCCAGUGUUCCCUCACUCUCAUCAUAGCUUGCUAGACUCCUGAUUUGAGACUAGUACAAUGUAUUAUUUAAUAGAUGUAAAAUAAUUUACAUUAGGAAUUUUUUUAACUGUACAUACUACAAGCAUGAUUUGGCAAAUAAUUUAUUUUAUUUUGGUAGCCUUUUAAGAUAACAUUGACAAGAAACUCUGAUGACUCUGAGCAUUCAAACAAAACCUCCUCAUCAGUAGUUUCACAUGGUACCAUUCGUUUUUUUUGGUAUUUGACAAAAAAAAAAAAAGAAAAAAAAGCACGUGAUCAGAUCAUACUGUACAGAUGGAGGUCAUGGAUUGGCUACUUAUUAAGGUGCCAAUAGAGCUGCCUGGUUCCUCACGAACAAAAUUUCUGAGAGGUUAAUUAUUAUUUAGGAAGAUUAGAUUACAGCCUUGAACAGAUCGAUGAUCGAUGUAUUUUUGGAGUGUUUGUACUUUUUUCAAUGUUAUGCGUCAUCUUUUGUGUACAUACAAUGUUUCAGUUUUUUUCGAAUUCAAUAGGAAAGAUGAAGAAAGUAAUUAUUAAGUACAACGC